GCCAGUUACCAAUCGCAACUUGAGUAGAGAGGCAACACAAUCCAGCAACCAUGUUUAUAGUUUUGGUCGUUUGUUUGCUGGCAGUCGCUGCGGCCGAUGUGUCCCAUCUGGUCACCCCGGAACCGAAGGUUCCAGCAAGUCCGUAUGUGUUCAGCUACCAAGCUGGCCGUGCUCCCGGCCAUGUGGAUCGCCAGCAUACCGAGGUGUCCGAUGGAUCGGGUGUGAUCCGCGGUGCUUUCUCCUAUGUGGACCCAAAGAACCAGGUGCGCACCGUACAGUAUGUGGCGGAUGAGCAUGGUUUCCAUCCUCAGCUUAGCCACAAACUGGAGGACAGCGCCGCCGUCCAGGCAGCCAAGCAAAGGCACUUCGCGGCCUACAAUCGGAUUGCGCAAGAGCAUGCCAACCACACGCCAGGCCAAGUUGCACUAGCAAAUGCCCCCCAUGCCAGCGCCGCCGUUGCACAUGCCACCCAGAAGCACCUGAGCGCCUUCGAGCGGAUCGCUGCCGAGCACGCGGCCAUUGGACGCCAACAGGAGGCACAGCGUCUGGCGCUGGCCGCUCAAUCUGAGCAUGGAGAGAUCGAAGAUGGACAGUACCAUCCGUAGGUGAUGGAGUUCGCUGAAUGAUGUGAAAAUAAACGGGUAGCUUCCAGAAAUAUCAACAAUUUCCGUUUAUUUUGUGAUCAGUUAAAGUGAGUGGGGGAAAUAGUUUAGUUAAUUAUUUUGUAUUAUACAGUUUGUUAUAAUCAGAUAGCAUUCUAUACUUUUAAUGAAUUUAUUUCUUUUGUGUUAAAAUGUUUCCUAUGAUAUCUUCAACUAGUUUGAUGCCUGAAAAAAUGUCUCUAAGACUUGUACCGCAUCUGGCUUGUAUUAUUUUUAUUUUGGAAAUUCAAUUUAGAAUUGCCGAUUCUAACGAUCCGUGCCCCCAUAAUCAAGGAAUAGACGAAGAUAUAGCCGAAUCAAUUCUAGGUGACUGGCCUGCAAAUGUGGAUUUGACUAGCGUGAAAAGGUCCCACAAGUGUUAUGUGACCUGUAUUUUGCAAUAUUACAAUAUUGUGACCGCUUCUGGUGAGAUAUUUCUGGACAAGUACUACGAUACUGGAGUCAUUGAUGAAUUGGCGGUGGCACCCAAAAUCAAUCGAUGCCGAUAUGAGUUUAGAAUGGAAACAGAUUAUUGUAGCCGAAUUUUUGCUAUAUUCAAUUGUUUAAGGCAAGAAAUAUUAACAAAGUCAUAAAAGCCGUUGUAAAGAAUAAGAUUGUUUUUUUUUAUUUUGGAUGCAUAUUAAUAACUAAUAUUAGGGUACGAUAUUCUAGUAUCGGGUAUAUAACAAAGAAAAGAAUCCAUAAAAUAACUAUACAUGCGAUUGCCACCCGCAUCUCCACGUAUAUUCAAUUGUUUAUAUUAUUAAUUAAUAAGUCAGUUAUCAAAUUAAAAAGAGGUAAUUUAAAUCGUUGAAUGUGUGUGCAAUUAAAAAUGUGAUUAUCCAUU